CAAAUUAAAUAGUGGUUUUACUGUACAUUACGAUGUGAGGCAUUUAAGUACUGCCCUGUCUGCAUUUUAACUGUUCUCUUCAGCCAAGGAAAGCUGGGGGUUUGUGCGCUGCUUGCCUCCCCGUUAGGUCCAUCAUCACAGAGGAUGAUACUGCAGUAAAAGAGACAGACAGAGCAUCAUGUCCAGCUCCUCUGACACUCUACAGUUUCGCUUCCCCGCCCAUGGUGACUCCAUCCUGGGCAAAAUGAACGCUUUGAGAGAGGAGCACCGCUUUUGUGACGUCACCCUCCUCCUGGGGGGGCGACGGGGUGCCACUGCGCCCCCUCCUCUCCAUUUCCAUGGCCACCGUGUGGUGCUCGCAGCAUCCUCCGACUUCCUGCGUGACCAGUUCCUGCUUCAUGAUGGGCGGGCAGAGCUGAGCGUGGGUGUUGUGUCCAGUGUGGAGGUUGGCAGGAGACUGCUGCUGUCCUGCUACACAGGGCUCCUAGAGGUCCCUCUGAGAGAAUUGGUGAGCUACCUUACUGCAGCCAGCGCACUCCAGAUGAACCAGGUGGUAGAGAGGUGUGCCCAGGCCGUCUCCCAGUACCUCAGUCCCACCCUGGCUUAUCAGAAACUGGACAGAGGCUCAGCAGCAGAAAGAGAGGAGGGUGAAACCCAGCAGCCAGACAGUGGGUGGCCCAGCACCAACUUCCAUGAUCAAGAGGAAAGGGAUGUACCUCAGCCCAGCACCAGCUUCCAGGAUCAGGUGGAGGCAAGUACGGAGGAUGGGGGGACAGGGGGAUUAAAGAUAAGGGUCAGCCAAGGAGCAAAAGUGGACACUGAGAGAGUGAGCGAUGUUAGGAAGGAUGGAAAGAUGGCUAAAACUAAAGUGGAGUUACCUGAGGCCCAAAACCUAGAGGCUCUGGAGUCAGAGGAAGGUGGAGGCACCCACCCCGUUCACACCAACAGCCUAUCCUACCACCACACAGGUGCCCACAGACGAAAGCAGCGUCCUCCUACACCCAUCCGGAACCACAAAUCCUUUUCAGCCAGAAGUCCUGUUCCCCAAGCAGAAUUGGUGGACAGCUCCCAGGACCAAGGCGAACAAGAAGAGGAGAGUCAUAGGGAGGAGGAAGAACCAUGCAAGCUGGAAGCUCAUCCAGCAGAAGGUGGAGUAUCAGUGGAGUCCCAUGUAUUUUGCCUCACCAGGGCACAUCUGUCAAGGAGUAAUUUCUCUGGAGAGGAGCUGGCAGGCGAUCCAGACAGCUUAUUGUUUCAGAGGCCUUACCUGUGCAGGAGGUGUGACAGGGUCUUUCAGCACCUGGAGAGCUACGUGAUUCACCUGCAGGAGCACAGGCAGUACUUGUGCUUAGUCUGUGGGAAAAGCUUCUCCCAAAAGAGUAACCUGACCCGUCACAUACGUGUCCACACAGGUGUCAAGCCUUUCCGAUGCCCACUGUGCCACAAAACAUUUUCCCAAAAGGCCACACUGCAGGAUCACCUCAACCUGCACACAGGGGAUAAACCCCACAAAUGUAACUACUGUGCUGUGCACUUUGCACACAAGCCGGGCCUAAGGCGUCACCUGAAGGACAUACACGGCAAGAGUAGCCUGCAAAAUGUGCUGGAGGAGAUAGUCAACUGAAGUUGAAGAAGCAGUUGUAACAUAAGUCUUAGAGAACGCAAUUGCUCUCAAUGGCUAUAUUUUCACUUGUUAUAAGGCCAUUUUAGGAUCAUGUCAAAUUAGGGUCCAGCAACAAAACUAAGCUAAUUAAAUUUAAUUUUUAGCCUGACAUUGAUUCUCUUAACAUCAGAGCAAAAUCUCAAGGUGCACUUGGGCACUUGAGUGUUUCCCAUGACACUUGAGAAUCACUGAGAUAAUGCAUUCAUACUGUAGCAUCUGGCUAAUGGCUAGAAGUAGUUGCCCUCCUGUGGUUUCUGCUGCUUUUCACUGAUUUGUUUGGAUGCACUGUGCUGUAUUCAGUUCUGUAGCAUGCAGUGCACAAAUUUAGUUGUGGCGUCGCAUUAUGUGUGCCAUGUAUGGUACAGUUAUGAGACUCACGCAGGCCUGAAUUGGGUACUGUUCCCACCCCCCUUGAGACAGCUGCUGCACCUUAUAUUGGAUACAGGGUGGACAGGAAAGACUGCAAUGUACUUGCCUCUAUUCUCUCUACAACCAAAGAUUACUCUGCUUUAUAGAGAAGAUAUAUACAUCAGUGCCUGAAAGAUAUUUAUUAGAACCCAAAUGUUAAAAGGACAGAGUGAGGGAGGAAAAAAUGACCUUGUUGCUGCGUAAAUGUUCUGUGAAUGUACUAAGCUGUAAUUAAUAUGUUUGGUUGUCUGUUGAGAUUCAUCUGAUUUCUGGUGAACUUUAUAAUAACAACCAUGUAGCUGGUGAAACCUCACUGAACUGUAGCUUUAAUGAGAGACAUCAUAAUGCCUUCAAGUGUAAUGCUGUUGUCAAAAAAAAAGGUCUUGAAUAAACUUUGUGGUAACUAUAACAAUGA